UAACGCUAUAGUGUAAAGGGUACACCUCGAUGGUGUAUUUUUAUUCUAUGCUUCACAGUUAGAGUUAUCACCAACUUCAUAGUCAUAAAUAAUAGAUGGAUGUUAAACUUUAUUAACAUUUAGGAGGAAAUGUGAGAUUUUUAUUUGGCAAAAUUUCACUUUACAUAGUGGCAGUAUUCCAUUGCAAAGGUUUCAUAUUAAUAAAUGGUUAAUAUUUCUUGGGUUAGUGUUCUUAUUAAAAUAAAAGUUUAAAAAAUGGCGACUGUAUUUGAUAGUCCAUUUAUUCGACAACGUUUACAUCGCCUACGGCACCGUGAUUUCGAAUUAGAUGAAGAGCAAAGAUUUGGGCGAUGUGAUUGUACCAGCUAUUCCUACUUCGUUCUUUCCAUGGUUUUAUUUUCAGUAGGUACAGUUAUUACUGUGCUUGCUCUUGGAGAGGCCGACGGAUAUAUUUUGAGUAAUUUAGGACAUAUGUGGCUCGUGGGACCUAUAUUCAUAUGUUCGGGUAUGAUGGUGGCUGUAAAAAGCAUGCUAUACCUACGGAGAAAAAGUGUUAUUCAAAUGCUCCUGCAUCAGCGUGCGAUUAUUAGGGACAUGGCAAGUAUUCAAGCAGAAUAUAGUACUCAAGUUCCUAGAACAGCAUCCAGUGCAACCUUGCCACCAUCAUAUGAUGCACUCAUUGCAAAUGCUGCAACAAGCAAACCUCAACCAUCAAGUUCUGACCCGCCUCCACCCACCUAUGAUGAAGCUAUAUAUUUGAUAGGUGAAGAAAAAUUUCAUAUUGAUAACAAUAUAGAUGCUAAAGACGAAACCAGUAACCAAACAAAUACUACAGAAGACAUUAAGCCUUAAAUUUAGAUGCAUAGCAUGGUCACUAGAUAUUUAAAAAAUUUACUUAAUUUUUGUACUUAUGUUCUAUAACAUAGUCAACUUUAUCAUAGUAUUCUUAUAGUGCCUAGAAAUUACCUUUUUAGCACAGUUGUUAUGUUAGGAUUUACAUAUUAUGGUAAUAUUAAAAAGUUCAUGACUAACUUUUAUCAUGAAUUUUGUCCGUAGUUGUGCCUAAUAUGUAUAAAUAAGCUGUUAUAUUAUAAGUACUAACUAAUGGAGUCUCUUGACAUAGCUUUACAUAAGUAUUUAUAAAUACUUAUAGCUGAAGCAAUAUUUAUUAAGAAAUUGGAAUCCUUUGUAGACAUUGGCUUAAUAUUAACUGUGAUUGAAUGUCUUAAACUUGUAAGGUCAAAUCACCUGUGAUAAGAAAUUUUAAUUGGGCUUGUAACUUAUAGGAACAUUUUAAAUCAGAUUAUUAUAGUUUAAAGCAGUCACCAUAACAAAUGUAUUAAAAUUGAUUUCUAAAGUACAUUAACAUUUAAAAAUACUUACAAAUUGUGUUGCAAGCCCAAUUCACUUAAGAUAUGCCUAGUGAUGUCAUAAAACAUUUGUUUCCGUUGAUCAGAUGUUAUGUUAUCUAUCUAUAGUCAUGACAUCAACUGAUAUUUGAAUAAUGUGUUGUAAUCCUAUUUAAAAAAAUGUAUGAACACAAAAAUUACUUUGGAAUGGAAAUCAUAAGAAAAUAUUGUUUUCAUGUACCUAGUUUAAACAUAUAAAUUCAUCAUUUUGUAUUGUAAUAGUUUUGUUGUGGUUACAAGGUUACAAUUUACUGUUUUUAAUGCAUUUCAAUGAUGUGUAGGUCUUUUUGAAGACUAUGCCAUUUAUUUUUCUGUGAAGUUUUCUCUAUUUAUUUAUCAACUUUCAUACAUUGCUGAUAUGGAUUAAGAAAAAAUAUGUUCAUCAGAACUAUAAUAUUGGUUGGUAGGAAGUUCAAUUUCAACUUAAAAUGUUGUGAAGACUGAAGCAUAUACCAUUUACAUUGUUGAAAAUUUAUAUCAAACAUUUUUUAAACUAAUGUUGUAUUUGUAUAUAGAAUAAUGUUGAUCUGAAUGAUGUACUUUCAUAAAAAAGAAAAAAAUACAUCUAUAUUU